AAGCUGCCAAAAUGUGUGACAUGGGGGGACUCGAUAACUUGGUGGCCAAUACGGCCUACCUGAAAGCCCAAGGGGGUGACGACAAGGAGAUGAAGAAACGUCGCCGGAGUCUGUCUCUGCCCAAGCCGGAGCAAUGUGCUUCGCUCAGGACGAGUCUGGACAAGGACUUUGAAUCCCUCUGCGAAAAGCAACCUAUUGGAAAGAAGCUGUUCCGCCAGUACCUCAGUCAAGCAGGGCCAGAGUGCACCACCGCUGCAGACUUUCUGGAUGAUCUGAACGAGUGGGAACUGUCCGAGAGUGCUGCCAGAGAUAAGGCCCGUACAAACAUCAUCAACAAGUUCUGCAAAGAGGGUUCCAAAAGUUCUCUCACCUUUCUGACCGGAGAUGUAGCAACCAAGUGCAAGGCGGUUUCCGAUAAAGAUUUCGAGGAGGUGAUGGGACAGGUGAAGACUGCCACCAAAGAGUUUAUCAAAGGCAAGCCGUUUGCAGAAUACCAAGCAACUCCGUUCUUUGACAAGUUUCUACAGUGGAAAGAGUACGAGAAACAACCCAUCAGUGAGAAGUACUUCUACGAAUUCAGGACUCUUGGAAAGGGUGGAUUUGGAGAGGUGUGCGCGGUGCAGGUGAAGAACACUGGCCAGAUGUACGCCUGUAAGAAGCUCUGCAAAAAACGCCUCAAGAAGAAACAUGGUGAGAAAAUGGCUCUGCUCGAGAAGAAGAUCUUAGAGAGGGUCAACAGCCUGUUCAUUGUCAGCUUGGCUUACGCUUUUGACACCAAGACCCAUCUCUGCCUGGUCAUGAGCUUGAUGAAUGGAGGUGAUCUCAAGUAUCACAUCUAUAACAUUGGGGAGAAGGGAAUCGAAAUGGAUCGAAUCAUCUAUUAUACCGCUCAGAUCGCAACCGGGAUCCUUCAUCUGCACGACAUGGACAUCGUGUACCGUGACAUGAAGCCAGAGAACGUGCUUUUAGAUAGCCAGGGCCAGUGCCGCCUUUCAGAUCUUGGUCUUGCUGUGGAGAUUGCUGUUGGGAAGACCAUCAGCCAGAAGGCUGGAACAGGUGCGUAUAUGGCACCUGAAAUCCUUAAUGAAACUCCAUACAGAGCAUCAGUGGACUGGUGGGCACUGGGCUGUAGUAUCUAUGAAAUGGUGGCUGGAUAUACCCCAUUCAAAGGUCCUGAUGCUAAAAAAGAGAAGGUGGAGAAGGAAGAGGUACAGAGGCGCAUCCUCAAUGAGGAGCCCAAGUUUGAGCACAAGAACUUCGAUGCUGCCACCACAGACAUCAUCAAGCAGUUCCUCAAGAAGAAGAUCGAUGAACGUCUUGGAUGCAAGAAUGAUGAUCCCAGGAAGCAUGAGUGGUUCAAGUCCAUCAACUUUGCUCGCUUGGAGGCCGGACUUAUCGAUCCACCCUGGGUGCCCAAGCCCAAUGUUGUCUAUGCAAAGGAUACAGGUGACAUUGCAGAGUUCUCUGAAAUCAAAGGUAUUGAGUUUGACGCCAAGGAUGACAAAUUCUUCAAGGAGUUUAGCACAGGUGCGGUGUCCAUUGCCUGGCAACAGGAGAUGAUUGACACCGGACUCUUUGAUGAGCUCAGCGAUCCCAACCGGAAAGAGUCUUCCGGCGGCUCAGAUGAUGAUAAGAAAUCAGGCACUUGCACUCUUCUGUGAAAGAGCAGCUCAGACAUCCAGCAGCAGAUGAUUUCAGUGGCAUCACUAACAUGAUUGAAGCUGUGCACUGUGUCAAAGAAGAGCAGAGCAUGACUGGAAAGAGACGGGACAUUAGUCCUUUGUAGCAUUUAUGAAGACACUUAUUCCAUCGUUUGCACUGUCACAUGGUCUGAGAAACACUCUGGACCACCCCUGAUGUGGUGGACUGAGCUUUUGGACCAGUCAGAGAAAUCAACCUCCUGUUCAACGGGGGAGCAAGUAAAAGUACCUUUCCUUAUUGAGAAGAUGCUAGAGUACAGUAGAGGACUACAUGCCAGCUAAAGAGCCUGUAAAAUUAUGAUGUAACCAUAGCUACUCAGUGUAAUUGGCAGCAGUUGUGAUCAGAAGGCAGAGGUGUGUGGAUACUCGGAGUCAUCUACAAAUAGAGGCUCUUGUUCCAAACAUCUCCUGCCUUGCCAAAUCACAGUUUAUUUGUGUGUUAGUUCAUUGUGUACUAGUACACAAACGGCAUCUAUCUCCUGUAAGACUAUAAAAAGCAACUGCAGACGAGGCCCAAGCCGAAUCUUCUGAUUUCUGUGGAAUGCCCUACAGUCUUGUUAAGUUGUUGUAGUCAAAAUUCAUUCAUACACCCUUCCAUUUUACAAACCGCUUGUCCUACGUAGGGUUGUGGGGAUGCUGGAGCCUCUCCCACCAUUUUAAGCUCUAGGCAAGGAAACAAAUUAGACAAAGUAAAAGUGAAGGAUCGUGAAGGAUGGGUGUGCAGAAUCCUGCGGAGCAUUCCACAUGUACAGACUGCGUGUGGGCCUGUCUGUAAAACAGCUUACAUGCUUACAAAAGUGCUUUUUUUCUGAAUCGUGUUAUCGUGCAGCAGAGCUUCAAUGAUCUCUGUUGUAAGAACAUCUCGCACAAAUUGUUAACUCCUGACCUCUGUGCUUGUGAUCUUUGAUAGCAGGGAUUUUCUGAUUACGCACUUAGAUUUUUAAAUUCAUAAACAUGUACAUAUG